AUGGCUACUGCUGCAUCAUCAUCAUCACCAUUAUCGGGAAUAACCAAUACAUUAGCAACAACAGGAACAACAACAUUAAUAACAAAAGAUCAUGACAAUAAUAAUAAAUUCAUAAAUGAUUUAAAAUAUAUUGUAAGACCAACUCCUAUAAGGAUAUCAAAUAAUAUUGGUGAUAAUAAUAUAAAUCAACAUCAUCAGAAUGGUGGUAUAGCAACAAGUUCUAAUAAUAAUAAUAGUAAAAGGAAACGUUCAUGGUCUAGAGCUGUAUUUAGUAAUUUACAAAGAAAAGGAUUAGAAAUACAAUUUCAACAACAAAAAUAUAUAACAAAACCGGAUAGAAGAAAAUUGGCUAAUAGAUUAAAUUUAACUGAUGCACAGGUUAAGGUAUGGUUUCAAAAUAGAAGAAUGAAAUGGAGGCAUACACAAGAGAAUUUAAAGAGUGGCCAAGAAAAGCAAGUAGAAAAUUUUAAAUGUAAUUUAAGAAGAAUAGAAGAUACCAAUAAUAGAACAUCAAGUGAUGAAGAUGAAGAUGAAAUUGAUGUAGUAGCUGAAUAAAAUGAAUAUAUGUAUUUUUUUUUUUUUAUAAAUCGA